CCAACUUUCUCCCCAGACCCAGCCUCCCUGGAGAAACUUUAUUGCACUCACUUCCGGCCUCACUAACCCCUGACCCUCUACCUCACAGUCCCUCUUUCACCCAUCCCACUUUCCAAAAUCCGCCAAUGGUAGCGCGAGAACGCGCCGGCCCUUAGUGAUAGCCAAUAAAAGACCUAUUUUUCACCCACGCUGGUUCUUGAGCAACGUAAGCCUUACCCUCCAAUGAGAACCCCAAGAGGAAAAAGUCUAAGCCAAUCGGAGGCUUGAAGGUGGAGCUGUCCCGCCUUGGACUACAGAGACCAAUAAGAAGUGCGGGCGGUGUGUUUGAAAGCGAGGCCAAAGAGGGUGGGAGCGCGUGCUGCUGGGAGUUGUUUGGAGGUUGGCGGCGAGGGGCCGAAGUCCCUCCAAACGAGCAUGUCGCACAAGCAGAUUUACUAUUCGGACAAAUACGACGACGAGGAGUUCGAGUACAGGCACGUCAUGUUGCCCAAGGAUAUAGCCAAGCUGGUCCCGAAAACCCACUUGAUGUCUGAAUCUGAAUGGAGGAAUCUUGGCGUCCAGCAGAGUCAGGGAUGGGUCCAUUAUAUGAUCCAUGAACCAGAACCUCACAUCUUGCUGUUCCGGCGGCCGCUGCCCAAGAAGCCAAAGAAAUGAAGCGAGCAAGCCACUUUUCAGCCUCAAGCUGUUCCAGCCUUCCUUUCUUGCUAACAUCUCUCUAAUAAUGUUGCCUUCUCUGAUGUUUCUCACUCUGAUAUUUAAAGGACGUUCCCCACACUGUUUGAAUGUGCCGGUGCGUGCUUUGCCGCAUGUGCAGAGCCACACCGCCCUGCCAGCUGUGCUCUGUGGGCCCCGGUCUCAGCUGCCCGUGUCCCCAGCAGCCAUGGUGGGCUGU